AUGGGCUGUGGACCCUCCCAGCAAGCAGGGGACCAGAGCCAGAGCCACCACGUGCCCUCGCCCCGGAAGGGCUGGGAAGAGGGAUCCAAGGCUGAUGUCAGAGUGACUUCUUCCAAAGAGAAUUGCAGCCCCCAAACUGAAGCUGCAUGGGUCAAGGACAUUGUAGAUGAUGCUGAAAGUCUGUACCAACAAGCCCAGAUGGGAAACUUGCCUGGGACUAUUCCAGAAAGUUAUCCACCUCCAAGUAAAACAAAUGGUCGAGUAAAUUCAGACCCAGUGGCCAAUGGAAUAAUCAAUAAACCCCAACUCCUGGAAAGUUGGGAGCGACCAAAGUCAUCAGACAUCCUGGAAGAGUUAAUUGUCCAAGGAAUCAUACAGAGCCGAAGCAAAGUAUUUAGAAAUGGAGAGUCGUAUGAUGUCAUGGUGGACGCUACUGAAAAGCCACUGAGAAAGCCACCAGCCAGAUUGAAAAAGCUUAAGGUGAAGACAGAGGUAAAGGAUUUCACAAUCCAAGACAUAGAGGAAAAGAUGCAGGCGGCGGAGGAGCGCCGAAAGACAAAAAAAGAAGAAAUAAGAAAACGGCUACGGAGUGACCGACUUCUCACCACUAAGCCUUCGGAUGCAGCUGAACCAGGAAGGGUGGAGGCUCCAUUUGCAAAAGGCCUCCCAGAUGUGAGCUCCCCUGCUUUGUUGAGGUCCUACAUGCAGGAAGGAGAGCCACUCAAAAGGAAGAAGAGUGAAAGCAAUGUAGCCCGGAUGAACAAGAAUAACCCCUGUACAGGUUUGGGGGUUGUAGAGUCAGACAUGUAUUACAACCGAGAAGAUGACAUAUUCUGA